UAGAAAGAAGCCGCGUGUCGUGAUCGUUUUGCGUUGAAAAACGGACACGCGACCGACGGAGUGACAGUCAGACGCUGAGCAUCGCUGAGCGUCGCGUCGCCUUCGGAUUCGGCUUGUGCCGUUGUCGUGCGCUCCGAGGAGCCUCUCCGCAGCUAAACAAUGGGACGGACGCCUUCGUGAUUCGUGAGGAAGAAAGCAAGCAACCGAGCGACGGCAGCGGCGGCGACGGCGCCGAGCGGCGAGACGAGCACGUUGAGACUCGGCCGUUCUGUCGUCGGAUUUUUAGCCCAGUUCUCUUCAGGCCGUCUCCUCGUCGACGACGACGAGCCCUCGAGAGAAGGGUCGAGAGGAGUAUCUCCGAGUAUUACCGAGUCGUUCGCUCGCGGCGCGUGUAUUCUUUUGUUUCGCGCGCUUACUCUUUAUUUUCAUUUUCAUUCUUAUUCUUAUUCUCGUCUCUACCCCCGAGCACGUUGAUAAUAAACUCCCGUCUCUCAACCUCAACCUCAACCUCAACUUCAACCCUGAGGGGUCGUCAUCGGGCACUUGCCGACGGUAACAGGAAGGCGGCGGCGUUCUCGCAGUUGAUUUCCAGCCUCCCCCCCCCCCCCCCUCCUCCACUCCUCUGCUCUCUUAAACCGACCAUAAGUGAAGUGCUUGGCGGUGAAUAAAUUGUUACUUUUAUCACUGGUGCGGUUUGAUUGAUCUUUUACCAUCGCUAUGAGGUGCUUGCCGGGAGUUUUGUGGUGUGAAUAAAACGCGGGGCGUUACUCUCAUCAUCGUCAUCAUCAUCAUCAUCAUCAUCAUCGUCAUCGGAGUCUACAACAAUGGAUGCAUGUAAAACGGCCGUCCGAUAGUGCAAACUGGGCCUGAUUCACAACCGGAUUCGUCUUUGUUUUCUUGUUCGAAAACUUCUUCCCUGUUGCGUCGCUGCGAGACACGCAUACACACACAUACACACACGAGCAUCAAGAGAUAUAAACACGAAUAAGAGAGGAGAGACACGCAAGGAUUACAAGAAUUAAGCACCAGGAUGUGGUGUGAAAAAGAUGCGAAAUAAGCGAGGAGCGAACAGGAAGAAGAAGGUGGCAGCAAGCGAAGGAUGAACAAUGGCCUCCUCCCUCGGUGCGGGUGGACCAGGUCUGGCUCCAGGAGGUUCCAUCCCUCGGAGAGCCAACCUGGAGUUCCCGCCACCGCCGCCUUAUCCACCCCCCUCGAGGAACGCGACGUCAUCGACGCCCGGCGUCGCGGCGUCGCCGCCUAACAGCGUCAUUCCCUCAUCGCCGACGUCAUCCUCGACGCCCCGGCACUCUAGUCAGACGGCCGUCGCCUCGGCACAGGAUUAUGCCUACGCCUAUUACGAGCCGGGACCUAGUCGGCUGCAUCCACCGGCCUUUCGUCAUCAUUCCCACGCCCAGUACCCUCAGGUUCGUCAUGCCUCUUUGCAGCAACAACCGGCGCAAACAAACGCCCAGGAAUCAAUCAGACGGCAUACUUACGUCACUCGUUAUGGUACGGAGGAAAAUAUCUACGAGGAAAUAUCGGAGAUAAGCAGGCAAUGUCGAAGGGGGAUUCAUGGAUCGAGGAGAUCUUUGGUGGCCGAAGAAGUGAGGCGAGUUCAAUCCCGCCAUCGGCGAGUACUCGGCGAGCUGAACCUUAGCGUCGAGGCGAUGCUGAUGCCUCCCGGGUCUAACUGUCCGGUCCAGAACGAUAGAGGUCAACGAGGUCAAAGAGGAACUUCCACGGAGGAGCUACUUGCCGCCGUAAGUCCAACCGACGAGCUACUAUCACCCGUUGCCUGUGAUUUGGACAGCGGUUUUAGCGGCAGUUCCAGCGCCAGUUACAGAUCUGGACUCGGGUCACUAAGUCGUGGAUAUGUAAGAACAAGUACACCGGAGUUGGCUGCAGAAUCUGGAGGAGGAAAUUCGCAACGAAAAGCAAAGGCAGUAAUGCUGUGGCGAAAAGGCUGGAAGGGAUGGAAAAAGAUACAAUCAUUUGGGGCGGCGAACAAGGAUGAGCCCCGUUCAAGAUGUAGAUCAUGGGAUGACGUAGGCUCAGCUAGAAUGGAGUCAGCUAGCCAACAGCACAGAAAUCCUCAUCCUCCGUUGGAGGCAACGAGGUCGACGCAGUCAAAUCAGUCUGCGCGUAGCGAGGAUUCUUGGUGUUCUGCAUCCGAUCAUGACCUUUCUUCUGAUGACGAGAGCGAGAAAAGUAAUAUCAGUAUUAAAAGCAACGGCCAGUUGAGGAAUACUUUGCACAAGGCACGAACGCUUUGUGAUAAAUGGAGGUCUCAGAAUUUGAGGGUGAACAACCCGCCAGAACCACUAGAGUCGCCUAGCAACCAAGGCAGACUUUCGAGGUGGUUUAGUAUCCGGAGGGGAUCCACAAAUCAGUACGAUGUGGACACGUCUGACACCAUUUCUUUAACCAGCCCAAUGAAAGCUUCGCAAAUGCCACAGUUGCGUGAGGUUGAAGAGGAAAAUGGAGCUAUGGUACAAUUUCAAUGUAUGCAGCAGCGCAGACAAGCACCGCCAACUCUUCCUCCUGUUCCUCCUAACUUGACCCCUCAACAACUGAAGAGAAGACAUAUUGUAGCCGCGAUUGUUCACUCGGAAAAUAGCUAUGUUGCUACCCUGCAAAGGCUCGUUAAUGAUUAUAAAAAGCCUCUGGAAGAAUCAUCUCCACCUGUACUUGGCCAGUCAAAAAUAGCUACGUUAUUUCACAGGCUACCAGAAAUAUUGCAGUGUCACACGUUGUUCAGAAUUGCUCUAGCUGAGUGUGUACGAUCAUGGGAUAAGGAUGAAAAAUUAGGUGACGUGUUUGUUGCGAGCUUUAGCAAGGCUAUUGUGUUGGACAUAUAUAGCGGCUUUAUUAACAAUUUUUCCGUCGCAAUGGAUCUGGCUAAACAGGAAUCAAAGCGAAAGACUGCUCUGUCUGAUUUUUUUAAGGUCAAACAAAUUAGUGCGCACGACAGAUUGUCGUUUUUUGGACUGAUGGUGAAACCAGUUCAGAGGUUUCCACAAUUUAUAUUAUUUUUACAAGACUUAUUAAAACAUACGCCCCAAGGGCAUCAUGACAGAAUGUCGUUGCAGCUGGCAUUGACCCAACUAGAGAGCCUGGCAGAGAUGUUAAACGAGAGGAAACGUGAGGCUGAACAAUUCCAAGCAUUUAAGGAAAUGUUACGUCACGUUUCUGGCAAACUCUCUCAUCGUCCCCUUUCCUCUUCUUCGCGUUAUCUAAUUAGAGAGGAUAACGUUACGCAACUGGAAUUCAAUCAAAAUGGAAUGAUUACCAAGUCUAAAAGAAGAAGACUGUUACUACUAAAUGACUUAGUUGUAUGCGUAUCGGUUGCACCGAGAUCUACCGAGGAUUUUUCUGGAAGUGAACGCCUAAGUUUAAAGUGGACAUAUCCUGUUGCUGACGUUGAGAUUCAGGAUACCAGCACAUCGCCAACGUUACGACGGUUAUUGACGGCUGGAUUGAAUAAAGGUGGCAGCUUGAAAUCUGAUAGAAGCGGAGAAUGUGGGCAGGCGGGUGCAGAUAGUUUGUGUGCCGAAAUGAGUGACUUGAUGCAAGAUUACGAGGUCAUGUCAAGGAUAAGUGAUCUUGUCGCUCAACUCAAAGGGUCGUAUAACGGUAUGACACCGGAGAAUACAAAACAAAUUUUACAAUCCAUACAAUCGUCGAUACAACAGAAAGACGAGGAUAUGAUAUGGGCAGACAGCUGUUGUCUACAACUAACGACGAAACAGGGUCAAAUGUAUACAUUUCAGACUGAAAACCCGUUUGUCAAAAAAGAUUGGGUAACGGAGCUGAGACUCGCCCAGCUCGCUCUAGAUCCUAAUAAUUCACCAGCGUGGGAAGUUCCCGAACAAGAACAGAGACCUUCGACAAAAAUGCCUCUGUUUGUUAGCUCGCAACCUGUAUAUCACUCGCAACAUCAAUCGGAGGUGCGCUGCGGUUGUUACUAUACGACACAAAAUCCUCGCCCGACACGACGGCGGGGAAGAAAUCAGAGUUACUUAUGGAUCUGUACCAGCGAUGGGGUGUCCAGUCACGUUACGGUGUUUGGACAAUCAACUACAGCGACAGCUACGGCUCUAAAACAAAUUAUCGCAUUCGAUUUGGUUGAAACAAGAGUUGCAGCUGUUGAGUUUGUCAAGGGUCUUUAUAACGAACCUGUUACACUAGCCAGCGAUCUUGUGUGGAUGGGGACAGAUUCUCGAAAAUUAAUUAUCUAUGCAGCUUCGGAGCCAGAGAAACAGGAAGAGCUGGGGAGUUAUCCAGUCUCUGGAUCUGUAGUACAAAUCAAAUAUCAUUGCGACAACGUUUUUGUGGCGCUAGGUACCGGAUCAUUGCUGAUGUUCAUAAGACAAUUUGAUGGAAGCUGGCUUCUCAGAAAUCCUUUGGAAAUAUCGCUGGGAAAUGAUCCGGUUUCCUGCCUAAUGCCAAUAAAUACAUUUGUGUACGCUGCCUGUGGUAAAAAAGUUUGGGUACUUAACGGCAAUAACGGAGAAGUAACAAAAAGCUUUAGCGCACAGCAUGAGCACGUCGGUAACGUUAAACUUAUGGCUCAUUCUGGAGUUGGACUGUGGGUUUCGUUGAAAAAUUCUAGCACAGUUUGUCUCUAUCAUACGGAGACGUUCAAGCACCUUCAAGAUAUUAACAUCGCCUCAAAUGUACUUAGGGUUACAAAGCCUAGUAGUUCAAAUAAUUCUUGCGGUGAUAACUUGAACAAUAACCAAACUGUCGUUACUGUGACGGCACUGAUGGCUUGUAAGGGGUUGCUCUGGGUGGGUACAAAUGUCGGUAUAAGCCUUACCAUUCCGCUUCCUCGAUUGGAAGGAGUUCCUAUAAUCAGUGGACGCGUGAACAUAUCUUAUCAUGCCCAUUUCGGUCCAAUCACCUUUUUAUUAGCUAUACAAAGUAACAAAAAUACAACUAACUGCAUCAAGGAAGAAAUCAUUGAAGAAGACAAUGUUCAGCUAAGAAACAAAGAUGUCGAUCAUAACAAUCGACCAAGAGAUAGAGCCAGUUUAGAUGCUUCUCUCUCCAGCAACAUGACUAAACUCAAACAACAGCUAACAAGCAGCCCUGUUAUGCUGAGGCGUAAAAGAAGCAAGGAAAACGAUUAUCGAGGAUCAAAAACUCUCCCUCGCGGUUUAGGUUGUGGCGGUUGUUUAUUAUCCAGCUCUAUAACAAGUUCGCAAAGUUCGGGUGAGAACUGCGACGUGUAUGGAUUGUACGGUGAAUUGAUGUACGUUAAAGAUUAUGAAAAUGAAAAUAGCUCUGGUAUCGAUCCUAUUUAUGAGACUCUGAGACAGAGCGAUCCGGAAUUAGCAGCUAUACCAAACAAAGUAAGCACUUUGGACCGGAGGUUGAAAAUGAAGAUCACUAGACCCAGGUCUUUAGAUCUAUCUAACUGGUCAGUGGAUUCACAUGCGAGUUCUUUAUAUACAUCGUCAGGAUCUGAAGAAAACUUGUCACUGAAAGCUGGAAAGUUAUCCCGAAACAGUAGCAAUGCUAGCAGAAAUACUCCAUAUGAGAUAACAAUAGCUGCUUCCAACAACACAACUCCACCUGUUAAGGAUGUAGCGCCAGUGGUAAAAUCAAAAGUAAACGGUAAGAAAAAUAAAGGAUCACAGCAAAUUGAUCAGCCUAAAAGAACUGUUCUAACUCUAAUGGGUGGCCGAGGGUAUAUUAAUUGGAGAUUACCAAACAUACAAUCCGUUGUAGAUAAAAAUCCAAAGUCAACUUACACCUUAAAAGAUCCUAAUAGUAACGAUGCUCAUAUUGUGUUAUGGGAAAUGAAAUUAUGAUACCCAAUCAUGAUAGACCUGCUAGAUUUAUUCUAGUAGAGGCAGUAUCACUCGCCAUUGCCACGGAUUGGUGGAUGAGAUUAUUUAAACUUUGAAAAGACAGAUUUUAUCCACUGCGGUAACGAUGUAAGUUCCAAAUACUCGUAAUACAACGCAGUCGUUGCAGGAAACGUCUAUUAUUGUGCCGGAUAUAUUACAAUAAUAAAUCAUCCUGAAAUUGUAGACGCUCCGUUAAAGUUUUGACAUGACAUGUGC